CAGAGCUGUUCUUCCUCAGAUUCCACCACCAUGGGGGCUGCACUGAUCUGGGCUUCCCUUCUGCUCCUUGUCAAAGGUGUCCUGUGUGAUGUUCAGCUGGUGGAGUCAGGGGGAGAUGUGAGACAGCCCGGGGGUUCUCUGAGCCUUUCCUGCAAAGCCUCUGGAUUCACCUUCACUGAUUAUGCAAUGAACUGGGUCCGCCAGGCUCCAGGACAGGGACUGGAGUGGGUGGCAAGAGUGAGUAAACCCACAGGAAAAGAGCAGUGGUACUCUCCAUCAGUUAAAGGGAGAUUCACCAUCUCCAGGGACAACCCUACAAGCACAGUCUCACUGAAAAUGACAAACCUGAAAGUAGAGGACAUGGCCAUGUAUUACUGCGUGAGAGACACAGUGAGAGGAAGUCUGGGUGAGCCCAGACACAAACCUCCCUUGCAGGGCACAGGAGGGGCUGGGCUGCAGGGGGCACUCAGAACAACAGGGGGAACGCAGGGACCAUACCCAUGGGCAGGUGCAGAGAGAGCUGUGAGAAUUCUGGCCUUGCCUGGGGUUCCUUCUUCUUGCUCCACAGCAUGUAACCACAUAACAUGCCAGAAACAGGGACACCUUUCCAGAAGACAACGGACACCUGAGGCUUCCCUGGACCCUUCUCUGUUCUCUCAAGUGCACGAGUCCAGGGAAGAGGCUGACAUACGAGCAGGAAGGACAGGGGUGGAAGCAUCGUCCAAGUGUCCUCCCCUCCUUGAGUAA